CUACCAAAAUAAGCAAAUCAUCUCUCAGUCUCUCACUACUAUUCUCACCGCAUUCAAACACUCGCACCCGCUCUCACAAGUCACAAUGCAGAAAAAUAUCGCAACAAUUUAACAUAUACUAUUCAUGGCCGCCACCGCAGCAUUCGCCGCCGUUAUCUGGCCGUUGACCCUCCGCCAAAGAUAUGCAUCCCCGACCACCGGAAAAUUUAGGUCAAUUUCAAAGCCUGAGCUCUCUGUUUAUGCAUCAGCGGUUCGGAAAGAGAAACAGCCGCGAGAAUUAGCUCCUUCCGUCUCCGAUAGCAGCGCUGUGGGGAAGAAGCCGGCGGAGGAGAUACCACCGAGUGGCGGCAGAGGUCGCGAGCCGGAGGCCGAGUCGGAUGACGGACUGUCGAGUUUGAAAAAUUAUUUUGAUCAGUGUCGAGAGUUCAUUAGUAAAUCGGACGGCGGCCCGCCGCGAUGGUUUUCACCUCUGGAAUGCCGAUCGCAGUUGAAGGAUUCUCCUCUUUUGCUCUAUUUACCUGGGGUAGAUGGAGUAGGAUUGGGACUUAUGAUGGAGCAUGAAAGACUUGGAAAGAUUUUUGAUAUAUGGUGCAUGCACAUCCCCCUCAAGGACAGAACACCAUUGACAGACUUGGUGAAGUUUGUCGAAAGUACUGUUAAGACAGAGCAUUUGCGUGUUCCAAAUAGACCUAUAUAUCUUGUUGGAGAAUCUUUCGGGGCAUGCCUUGCGCUUGCUGUUGCUGCUUGUAAUCCAGAGAUUGAUCUUCCCUUAAUCUUGGCUAAUCCAGCCACAUCUUUUGGAAAAUCUCUGCUGCAACCACUAACUCUAUUGCCGUUGUCAGCAAUGAUGCCUGAGAAGCUCAGUUCCAGCUUGCCUUAUGUCCUAACUUUACUGUUAGGCAAUCCUGCAAAGAUGGUGGCAGCAGCAAUGAGCAAACAUCUUCCCUUGGACCAAGUGAUUGAGGUGUUAUCUCAGGAAAGUGUAGCAAUCUCCUCAUAUCUUUCUACUAUGUCAAAGCUAUUCACUGUGGAAACACUUUGCUGGAAGCUGAAUUUGCUCAAAUCAGCUGCUGCAUUUGCCAAUUCACGACUUCAUGCAGUGAAAGCUCAAACAUUGAUACUUGCAAGCGGACAAGAUAAGUUGCUUCCAAGUAGAGAUGAAGCUAAUAGACUUUGUCAGGUGUUGCAAAAGUGUCAAGUUCGUCUAUUCGCAAACAGUGGCCAUGCCCUCUUCUUGGAGAUGCAGGAGCACGGCUUCAGUUUGGCCUCGAUUUUAACUGGUGCCAGUUUCUACAGACGUGGAGAACGCCACAAUUAUGUCUCAGAUUACUUGCCGCCAACCCCUUCUGAAUUUUGGAGAAUCUAUGAAUUACAAAGAUGGAUUGAAACUGCCGUCAAUCCUGUGGUCCUGUCAACUUUGGAAAAUGGAGACAUUGUUAGAAGUCUGGCUGGAAUUCCUUCUGAAGGACCAGUGCUAUAUGUUGGUUAUCAUAUGAUGCUUGGCUUUGAAGUUGUGCCUCUUCUGGCCCGUUUUUGGAUUGAAAGGAACAUUCUAUUACGAGGAAUGACACAUCCGAUGGUGUUCACCAUGUUAAGAGAAGGAAUAAUACCACCACCUUUGUCAGCCUUCGAUAAUAUGAAGAUCAUGGGAGCAGUUCCGGUAUCAGCAACUAAUUUCUACAGGCUUCUCUCUUCAAAUUCUCAUGUUCUACUCUAUCCUGGAGGAAUGCGCGAGUCUCUUCAUCGCAAGGGUGAGGAAUACAAACUAUUCUGGCCAGAACAACCUGAGUUUGUCAGGGUUGCGGCUAAAUUUGGAGCCAAAAUCGUGCCUUUUGGUGUUGUUGGAGAGGAUGAUAUUGGUCAUUUACUCUUGGAUUACAAUGAUCUGACACGCAUUCCAUAUAUAAAAAAUGCUAUAGAAGAGCUAACGGAGGAGGUGGUGAAGUUGAGGAGCGAUGCUAUAGGAGAGGUAGCAAACGAAAACGUUCACCUUCCAGUCAUCAUACCCAAAGUUCCUGGCCGUUUUUAUUUCUUAUUCGGGAAGCCUAUAGAAACGGAAGGAAGGAAGCAGAAAGUGAGAAGCAGAGAAAAAGCUCAAGAAUUGUAUUUGGAAGUGAAGAGUGAGGUUGAGAAAUGUCUUGCUUAUUUGAAGGAGAAGAGAGAGAAUGAUCCAUAUAGGCACAUAGUUGCUCGUCUAACUUACCAAGCAAUCCAUGGAUUUGAUUCCGAGGUACCUACAUUCGACUUCACCACCAAAACUCAUCCCUGAUAUAUACGAGAUUCUGUAUUAUAUAUUGUAUUGAAAUAAUAUACUUGCAUGACCAUUUUGAAGAACAAAAGACAAUAUUUGGCCACUAAUUGAAGAAAUACAAAAUCUAUCCAUUUUUUACAUUUUCGGACUAUUUUGCCUUUAAUUAGGGCAGACCAGAUUCGGGUUUGCGUGCGGGUUAGGCACACAUGACACUAUUAGUGCCAUUAGUGUCAUAUACUCAGUACUGCACGAAAAGUAUUUAUGGUCAUAGUGCCAUUAGUGUCAUACGAAUGGUACAUAUGGUCAUAUUAGUACUAUUAGUGUCAUAUACCUUUGUGAUGAUAUUAUUCAGAUGGGUACAUUUAUAUGAUAUUUUUGAACACUUCCUCGUAGGGUUUACAUUAUCUAUUUAGUGUUUAUAUUAUCCAUUUAGGGUUUGGAUUCUCUAUUUAGUGUGCUGCACGAAUGGUACUUAUGGCCAUAUUAGUGUUAUAUAUUAUCUUAUGUAGUGUUGCAUGAAUGGUAUUUAUGGUCAUAUUAAUGUCAUUAAUGUCAUAUACUUAAAAAUUUUUUUGGUUGGCAAACCCGAUUACGACCUGAAUCCGGUCCGCCCUAAUUAAGGGCAAAAUAGUAUUUACAUGUAAUAAAUGGUUAGAUUUUGUAUUUUUUUAAUUAGUGGCCAAAUAUUGUGUUUCCUUCUUCAAAAUAGCUAUUUCAAAAAUGCUCUCUAUUGUAUUUGUUUUAUUUUUCUUUCUAAUAUAAUUCUUGAUGUGGAAAAUGUGUAAAUUUUGAUAGAAAUAGAAGCUAAAUAUUUUGAUUUUUCAA